AUGUCUCACAAAAUUGGACAGAAGCUGAAUGUCUUCAGACAAUCGGCAGGUCCGCUUCUUUUUCACGAUAUUCGACCAAGCGCCAAUAUAGGCCUUGCAAUCCGGUUCAGACGAGUGUUCAUACCGCAAAUCCCGUUUCAAUCGGAAAACUUUCACAGCUCUCAAUUCGGACAUCAAUCGAAGGUCAACAAGAAGGUUGCUUCCGGUAGUUUGCUACUGCUAGGGCUAUCUUCAAAUUCCGCAGUCGAGAACGGAGCAACUCGCGCAGUUUCCAGCGGCGGCAAGAAGACGACAUGUACACGAGAAAUACAUCAUCAUUGCAGGCAAGGGGUACUAACCAGUGCUUCGCGACAUCUUUGGAAACGUGCAUUGCAUACAAAACAAGAUGCAUUGGCUGAAAAGUCUAGCAACGACUUAAGCAACGAAAAAGACCCCAAGCAACAACAAUUCAAAGUGGAUAACGAGGAGCAUCCAUUGCUCAGCCGACAGAUUCGUGAACGCUUGCCUAAUUUCCAUCAGUUCCACCAUCAAUUUCAUCGACCAACAAAGGAAGAAUUAUUAGCUGCGGCAACCGGUUUCUGGUCGAGAUUACGGAUUAGGUUCAAGUGGUUUUCUAUAAGAAGCGUUCGCCCGUUCAAUUUUGACGAGAUAAGUGCACUUUUCUCGUGGGUUCUUUUGGGUCAUCUCCUCUGGGUCAUCCUGGGGACAACAACUUUUUUUUCUCUUCUUAUUCUUGCAAUAAAUACUGUUUUUGCCCAAGAAACCCUGGCUCGUUGGGUUGGAAAUUACCUUACAUCAUCCUCUGGGGUGCAGGUUGUUUUCGAGUCUGCUAUUGUACCGAAAUGGCGAGACGGCGUCAUUACUUUCAAGAAUGUUUUUGUUUCUCGCAGGCCAGGCCAUGGUGAUGGACAUGUGAGCAAGGGCUCCUCAAAAACUGCCGCUGCAGCGGCUGCUGCUGCCGCAGCUUUGCACGGCACGAAACAAUCCGAUUUGAACGACACGAGCUACGAAGAAGACACGAAUUAUACACAGUUUGACGUUUCCAUUGACACGAUCAAUGUGACACUAUCUUUCACCAAAUGGUUCAACGGCAAGGGCCUCCUCCGGGAUGUGGAAGUGAAAGGAGUUAGGGGUGUUAUUGAUCGUACCCAUGUCGAGUGGACGGGCGACUAUUCCGAUCCGAAAUCAUACCGCCACGAACACAGUCCGGGAGAUUUCGAGAUCGACUCAUUCAAAAUGGAGGACCUUCUUGUCACAGUCUACCAACCGAAUAAUUUUAGACCUUUUGCCGUCAGCAUUUUUUCGUGCGAUCUCCCUCAACUUAGAAAACAAUGGCUUUUCUAUGACUUUCUAUCCGCAAAUAUGAUGUCAGGCUCCUUCGACAACUCGCUAUUCACAAUUCAUCCUCGCCAGACCCAUAAUUUCACUGGGGCCCAGUUGACCGAUAGAGGAGAAGAUGCCAAGGAAAGCCUUUGGAAAAAGCAGAGCAGAAUUCGAAUAGAUGGUCUUAGCAUUGAUCACUUGAACCGUGGGGUUGAGGGCCCGUUUUCCUGGAUACAUGAAGGCGACGUUGAUAUCGUCGCCGAUAUAAUGUUGCCCGCAGAUGACACGGAAAGCCUGGCAAAAUUUGUCUCUGACUUUUAUGACCGAUUUGAAGCCACUGUGACUUCGCACAAACAUUCUCUUCAAGAAGAUGAUUAUUUACAAGAGACUACCACGCCGGAUGUCCCCUCUGUCGCAGAUGAAAACGAUACCCGAUUUUUCAUUACUGAUUUGCGUAUCCAUCUGACAAAUGUGCGAGCAGUCGUUCCGUUGUUCACCAAAGAUCUCUCGUACAUCAACAAUGCUCUUAUCCGACCGAUAGUAGCAUAUAUUAACUCCCGACACACAUUUAUUCCUAUACAUUGUCGACUUGUAAAGAGACUCAGCGAUUUUGACGGAAGCUGGACUGUCUUUGACAGUGGCUUGAUGGACGAUCUUUCUGCUGCGACAUAUGAUGCGUUCGCCACGGAUGUGAUGGACGAACAGGCACGCAUGCGACGUUUCAAGAAAGUCGGCUUAUGGUCGUUGCAACUGGCAGCGCAGGCCAUCUUCCUGGGAAUGGCUGGGAAUAUUGUUUGA